AUGGUCAUGUGGCUAGGGCAUCCGACCUCGGGUCAGAAGGACGAGGGCACCACAGCCAGGGCACCACUGCCAGGGUGCCACAACCAGGACACCACAACCAGGACACCACAGCCAGGGUGCCACAGCCAGGGUGCCACAACCAGGACACCACAACCAGGGUGCCACAGCCAGGACACCAGAGCCAGGGUGCCACAACCAGGACACCACAACCAGGACACCACAGCCAGGGUGCCACAGCCAGGACACCACAGCCAGGCUGCCACAACCAGGACACCACAGCCAGGGUGCCACAACCAGGACACCACAGCCAGGGUGCCACAACCAGGACACCACAACCAGGACACCACAGCCAGGACACCACAACCAGGACACCACAGCCAGGACACCACAGCCAGGGUGCCACAGCCAGGGUGCCACAGCCAGGGUGCCACAACCAGGGUGCCACAGCCAGGACACCACAGCCAGGGUGCCACAGCCAGGGUGCCACAGCCAGGGUGCCACAGCCAGGACACCACAGCCAGGGUGCCACAACCAGGACACAACAGCCAGGGUGCCACAGCCAGGGUGCCACAGCCAGGGUGCCACAACCAGGACACCACAGCCAGGGUGCCACAGCCAGGGUGCCACAACCAGGACACCACAGCCAGGGUGCCACAGCCAGGGUGCCACAACCAGGACACCACAGCCAGGGUGCCACAGCCAGGACACCACAGCCAGGGUGCCACAGCCAGGACACCACAGCCAGGGUUCCACAACCAGGACACCACAGCCAGGGUGCCACAACCAGGGUGCCACAGCCAGGGUGCCACAGCCAGGGUGCCACAGCCAGGACACCACAGCCAGGACACCACAGCCAGGACACCACAGCCAGGGCACCACUCUCAAUGUACGACCCUCAGGCACAUGGAUCACCUCUCAUCUGGCUGA